UGUAUUGGAGCAACCACUCAGGAAGAAUACCGUAAAUAUAUUGAGAAGGACAGGGCCUUAGUGCGUCGUUUCGAUAAUAUCUUAGUGAACGAGCCAACUUCAGAGGAAGUUUUGCGAAUUUUAUAUGGUAUUCGGAACUAUUUUGAGAUUUAUUAUGGAUUAAAAAUUUGUGAUGAGGCUUUAUUGGCAGCAGUUAAUCUUUCGCAGCGUUAUCUCACUACUACUUAUUUACCAGACAAGGCGAUUGAUUUGCUAGAUAAAACUUGUGGACGAGUCCGAAGCGAAAUGUGA